ACAAACCCCUACAUAGGGUUUAGACAUCUCUCUCUUACCGCCACUCACAGUCUCUCUAGUAUCUUCUACCAUGGCGAUUCUCUCUCGCUCUCUCCCCAAAACCCUAUCUUUCCUCUCCCGCUCUCUCUCCUCCACCACCACCACCACCACAACCUUCGCCACUGCCACCUCCUCUCGCUCUACCCUCUCUCUCCUCCGCCCUCUCGCCGCAGCUGGCGUCGCUCUCCGCCGUAUACCCCCGGCUUCUUCUGCGCUUCGAGGCUUGGCGACUCGUGCGACUUCUUCAUCGCUCAAUGACCCAAACCCCAACUGGUCGAACCGGCCACCCAAGGAGACGAUCUUGCUCGAUGGCUGCGAUUUCGAGCACUGGCUCGUCGUCGUGGAGAAGCCUGAGGGUGACCCCACCAGAGACGAGAUCAUUGAUAGCUAUAUCAAAACCCUAGCCAAGGUCGUUGGAAGUGAGGAAGAAGCAAGGAUGAAGAUAUACUCCGUUUCGACACGAUGCUACUAUGCAUUUGGUGCUCUUGUAUCUGAAGAACUUUCGUACAAGAUCAAAGAAUUGCCAGGAGUCAGAUGGGUUCUUCCUGAUUCAUAUUUGGAUGUUAAGAACAAAGAUUAUGGAGGUGAACCUUUCAUCAACGGGCAAGCACUUCCUUACGACCCUAAGUACCACGAGGAAUGGAUACGAAACAAUGCUCGAGCAAAUGAGAGAAAUAGGCGCAAUGAUAGACCUCGUAACUUUGAUAGAUCAAGAAAUUUUGACAGGAGGAGGGAAAACGUGCAGAACCGAGAUUUUCAAAAUAGGCCUCCUAUGCAGAAUCCAGGGCCUGCUGUGGCUGGAGCGCCUGAUUUUCAAAACAGGCCUCCUAUGUCUAAUCAGACUAUGCAGAAUCCAGGGCCCAAUAUGGCUGGAGGGCCUCCCAACAACAUGGGAAUGCCUCCCCAUAACAACAUGGGAAUGCCUCCCCCCAACAUGUCUGGAAUACCCCCAAACAACAAUAUGAGUGGAGUCCCUCACAACAACUUCAGCAAUAUCCCACCUAACAACAAUAUGGGCGGCAAUAACUAUAAUGGGAUGCCACCCAACAUGUCGCCCAACAACUAUAAUGGGAUGCCACCCGGCUACAAUGGGAUGCCACCAAACAACAUGGGAGGAGUGCCGCCAAAUAACAUGGGAGGAGUGCCACCAAACAUGGGAGGAGGACCCCCAAACAACAUGGGAGGAGGACCCCCUAAUCCAGGAUGGUCUAAUAACAUGCCUAACAGAGAAUACCAGAAUAGCUACCCUCCAAACAUGGGGCCUGGUGGAAACCCUUACUCAUCUUGAAAUUUGCCCAGAAGAGAGAUAUGCCCAAGCCCCCAAGCUGAGUCUUGUUGGCAUGCUGUAGAUAAGUAAGAAGGCUUCCGAUGUUGUCUAGGGUUUUGCUAUUAUGUUCAUGGUUUGGAAGAUACUAGAGUAUGUCACUUAAAUGUCAUUUCCUUGGCACGGUGCUGCUUAGAGACCAUGUCUGUUCAAUUGAAUAUUAUUACAAGUUCAAAGGUAGAUCUGAUGAGUUACAUCUUGUUUUGAUAA